AUGUAAUUUUUAAAAGAAGCAUCAUACUCUUUGAAAUAAAAAUUUGGAUAUUCCCAAAAUGAAAAAGCUAUAAAAUUGUUUGAUUAAGCAUAUCAUUAUUAAAGCACAAUACUUCCUAUAAAUAUUCUAGAUUAAAUAGCUGAACUCAGUUUUCAAAUGUAUUAUUAUAUUUAAAAAUAAGUGAACAUUAUCCAAAAAUAAUAAAUGAAAUAAUUAAGUAACUAAAUACAACAAAUAACACAUCCAAUAAUAUUUUAAAAGUAUAUAUGUAAUUUUAAUAAUAGACACUUAUUAUAAUAGAUUAUUUAUUGAAAUAUGGAUGUUCAGGAAUAAUUGAUGAUUUGAAAGAAUGCAUAGGUUUAAUUAGAUAUUAUUCAGAAUAUAAGAUAGAAUUUCAAGAACCACUCUUCUAAUCAAGUAGAUUCAUUAUAAUAUUUAAAAGUUAGAUAGAAAGCAUAAAAUAUAACAAUAUAAUUAACAAAUAGAAAUCUAUUGUAUAAAGAAAAGGAAAUUGCAAAAUAGAUGAAAUUAAAAAUUUAGAUGAAUAAAUUAAAAUAAUAAGCUUAAUUUAGCAAUAUUAAUGAAGAGACUUAAUCUACUUUGGAUGAUAUGUUGGAGAAUUAUAUUUAUAAAUAUAUGGAUAAAUUUCAUGAUAAAUUAGAAAAUUGGGGAGAUUAAGUCAAUGAAAAACUUGAUAGUCUAAUUAAUAAUGUGGCUACAAAUUCAGCUUAUAAAAAAGAUGAUAAUGGUUAUUAUUAUCCUGAAUCUUGUAUGGAUGAUGUUAUGAUUGUUUAAAGAAAUAAAACAACAAAUUUGGAAUUAAAGGAAAAUAGUUAAAAGUCAUAAAUGACAAAUUAAAGUAUAUAUAUUAUUUAAUAUUUAGAUUUAUUUAAUUAAGAAAAUAUAUAACCUAAUAAAUAAGUAAUGAAAUAAAGGAUAAAUUUAUUAGAUUGA